AUGUAUAGGGAAUCAAAGGUUUCAAAAGAUUCAGUAAAAGCACAAUUUGCUCAGGUUAGAUCUCCUGGGCCUCUGAGCCCAGCAAUGCCAACUAUGGGCUAUCAUCCAGGGUUUCGGCCUGGUGUUGCACCAAACUUCAUGAUUCCUUACCACCUCCAAAGACAUGGACAACUUGGCCAUCGGAUGGUUAAGUUUAGGGGUUUCUUGACGGUUGGGGUUGUUGUUUUCGUUUUGAUUGAAGGAGAUAUAUCGGCAGCGACUGAGGAGGAUGUGAAUCUUGCGGUAGAGGUGGCGAGGAUAGUGUUGAAGAGGAACGGCAGUAAGGAAUGGGCUCGUGCUACGGGAGCUUUUCGUGCUAAGUAUCUCCGGGAAAUUGCUGCUAAGAUAACAGAGAGGAAGUCUAAACUGGCUAAGCUAGAGGCGCUUGAUUGUGGGAAGCCUCUAGAUGAAGCAGCAUGGGACAUAGAUGACGUUGCUUGCUGCUUUGAGUACUAUGCAGAUCUUGCUGAAGCCUUGGAUGCGAAGCAAAGAAGUCCUGUUUCCCUUCCCAUGGAUACAUUUAAGUCCUAUGUUCUUCGAGAACCAAUUAGAGUUGUUGGGUUAAUUACUUCCUGGAACUAUCAUUUAUUAAUGGCCACGUGGAAGGUUGCUCCUGCCUUGGCUGCUGGAUGUGCAGCUGUACUAAAACCCUCUGAACUUGCAUCAGUGACUUGCUUAGAACUUGCUGAAGCAUGCAUGGAAGUAGGACUACCUGCUGGCGUCUUAAACAUAGUAACAGGAUUAGGGCCUGAAGCUGUUGCUCCUUUGGCAUCUCAUCCUCAUGUUGACAAGAUUGCUUUUACUUGUAGCUCGGCAACGGGGAGAAAUGUCAUGACGGCUGCUGCACAAUUGGUGAAGGAAAUAAUCAAAGAACUGAUGGAAAGGCUACUACAGAUGAAAGAGCUUAUGGAUAUGUACUAUGGCCCUGAUAGAGUGACUGCAAAGCAACAAAUGCAGGAGUUAGACAGAGUCGCAAAAACUCUACUAGAGAAUAUACCUUCAUCUGUGAAGAGGUUCAUUGAUCGUGUCGUUCUUUCACUUCAAGUUUUCUUUUUUUCAACUUAGUUUAGUUUCAUGUAAAUCUUAUAAUGUGUCAUUCUCUGAAAUGGAAAACACUGAAUAUGUCAAACUGGAAUAUUUAAACAAGCCUUUGAGUGUUGACUUGGAAAUGGAAAUGAAUGUAAUUAUUUUGCAAUGGGAGCAAAUUCUUUGUUUAUCAUAA